AGUAAACAAAGCGUAUUAUCAAGAUAGCCACAAUGACAUCAGAAAAGAAUGCCCAAGUGGGGCAAGCACGUGAAGCUUUUCAAAUGAUGUACCAGAUAUCGCAACUUCUUUGUACUGGAUUAGAUGCAGAUACUCUUUCCAUCUGCAUACGGCUGUGUGAACUAGGCGUUGAUCCUGAAGUAUUGGCCCAUGUUAUUAAAGAAAUAAGGAAAAUGGGAGACAACGCUGCUCAGAGCAAGCCUGUUAAUUUACAUCCAUAGAAUUAAGUAAUUAAACUUUGUCGUCGUAACAAAUUGCCCCAAUGUCUAA